GUAGCCCAAUCAGCCCACGCCGGGAGUAGCCCAGCAGCAAUCACCACGCGCCGCCGCCGCACACCUCCUCCAGUCACCCACCGCCGGCGGCGCCGCCCCGCUCAAUCCCCACGCGCCCACGCCUCUGCAGCUCGACACCUGCCGCCACAUCAGAGCCGCCCGCCGCUGCUGUUGCUGGCAACCGGAGAUGGACGGGGAGGAAGAGAACGUCGGGCCGUUCCGCCGGACGAGCAGCCGCACGCGCCGCAUGGCCACGCGCAUGGCAUCCGCGCUCGCCAGCUCUGACAACCGCGCCCAGGCUGCAUUAGCUCGUCUUGAAGCUCUUGAGAGUGAUAAUGCUGGGGUUGAGGUGGUAGAUCUUAAUGAUGAUGAGUAUGGAUCCACGGAUGAGGAAGACCCUGUGCUCAUGCAAAAGAAGCAGUCCAAGAUCAUGAAACGCAAGACAAGGCAAGGGAAAGCUUUGGAGAAGAGGGCAGCAAGAUCUUUCAUGGAUGUGUUGCAAGAAGCAAAUCUUGAGUCCCUGCCUCCUAAUGUCCCAACAUAUUUGAAGGCGGCUGUCGGUCCACCGAGUACUUCAUCUCGACGCCACUACUGCUCGGUUUGUGGGAGUUCUGCAAAUUACACAUGCGUGAGGUGUGGAACACGGUUCUGUUCAUGCCGCUGUCAAGUCAUACACAAUGACACUCGCUGCCUUAAAUUUGUAGCUUGAUCUACAGGAUUGUACAAGCUACAUUUGAUGUAUAUCUAGUCCCUAACGACUCUUCAUCUAUGCUCAGUAGGGUAUGCUUGCUGUGUAUGUUUUGUACUCCAUAGGCAAGGUUUGGUUCUGUGUAGAAAACCAAUUUUUUCAUUAGGUACUGCAGUUGCAGUUACCAGGUAGAUCUCUUGUAGACUGACUAUGCUAGACUGAUGAUCACAAAUUCAGAAUGUCCUGGUUCCAUGCA